CCCCUUUGGGUAACGACGUGCUGACGUACGACGUGUGAACAACAAACAGUUGUUGGACUUCAACAAGCUAGCGAGUGGUAGCGCUGGAAAAGACCGCUUCAACUGACUUUCCCCGGAUAGCAAGAGACCGAACACCUAAGUGGCCGGACUACCUUUAUUAAAAUCUGAUAAUAGUUAUAACAAGUGUAGCUUCGGGACGGUUCCCACAUGGUAACAUUAGCCGAUGAAACAUGCUCGUUGCUCGGAGUGUGACGCCUGUUUUUUUUUCUGGCUACCGCUGGUCGAUGGUUGUGAUGCGAGCCGAGUUUCAGCACUACAGAGGGUGAGAAGAGAGCUAACGUUACAUUCGGAAAAUAUUUUUCUUGACACAGAAAAAUGGACUUUGGCGGGGUUAAACAGGCGGGGUCACUUAAAGAAGCAGCCAUGCGACCGUUUACGGCCCUGGAUGUCAUUGUUGGAUAACAACUUUAACAAGCUAGCUAACGUUAGCUCGCCCCGAUUCAGCAAAUGAAUUGGUUUGGUGUCAGGCAGUAAACUCACAUUGCUAGCGUAAUGGAGGCACCCUGAGUGACUUGUUAAUUCCAUUUGACUGUCCUGGUCCUUUUGCAUGCUGCUGGUAUUGUGCUGACGACCAGGGAGCUUGUCGUCUACUAAAAGCAUAGGACACGGUUGGCAGAAAUUAUUAAAUAGCGGUUGCCUGCCUGGCUAAUAGUUGAGCAAACUUACAUAGUUUGAUAUAUAAACAAUGACUGAAACUGUAUCUGUUUUUUUCCACAUGGGGAACGUAAAUUUCUUGUAUGUGUGAAAUUGCACUUUAAUUAUAUCAUUUUAAAGGAUGUUCAUAAGUGACCUGUGAUUUAGGAUUUGUGGAAACUAUCAUUUAGAUUACAACAAACCAGUCAAAAUAUAGUUAUAAAUGUCUGAUUGCACUGAUUGCAAUAGCAUUUGAUUAAUCAAGUUACCAGAAUAGGUGCAUAUCUGUGUAUAUUGUUGUGAAACAGAGGUCAGAGACAGGCUUAUUGAUGUCAGUUGGUUUCUAGUUACUGUUUAACCUAAUAUCUAGGCUGUCUGGCACAGUUAAAAAUUGAGUUUCAUUGGAAAUGAAAACAUGAAUAUCCAAGAGCAGCGUCUAGAUUUGUGCAAUGUUAAGGCAAAAAGCAGUGUGGAUGAUGCACACCACACUACCAACAACACAGAAGGGGUCACCCCUUGGAUCUCUGAACUGAUGUCAGACAGUAACACUGAGAAACAAAACAUUGUUCCUACAGAGGCCUCCGAAACAUAUGUGAUGCCUCAGCUCACUGACAACCUUCAGGCUGAAGAGGCUAACCACCGGGCACAAGACACACUGGAGAUUGAUGAGGUCAAUGGAAACAGAAACCGUAGUCCCCAGGACACCCCAGCAUUAGCAAACCCCACUGAUGUAAUCUUUUCUAAUGAUGAGCAGCACAUGGACAAUAUUAGAGUGGAGAAAAUGAAGGAAGAUAAAAACACUGUUCCUGCAAAGUUUGUAGUGGAUGAAGUCGAUGGUGGUGGGGACAUGGACGCAGGUGUCGAUCUGAGUCUGGAUGAGAGUGGGGUGUUGGAGGCUGAACUGACAAAUGUUAUAUCACUCUCAGACAAUAGUUUAGACUCCACAUCUCAGGAUGUCCCAGCUGGCAGCACAGCAGAGAGCUUGUCAGAUACAAGCCACACAAGCAUCACAGAGGCUUCUGCCACAGACCAGACUGGUCUGUACCCCUCAGUGGAGGCGGGGGAUAAUAAACACAAACCAAGUAGCAAAAGGGUGACCUUUCCUUCAGAUGCGGAUAUUGUCUCUGGAGCAGUGGAGCCCAAAGACCCCUGGAGACACGCUCAGAAUGUGACGUUGGAGGACAUCCUCUCUUCCUACAAACAGGCCUGUCAGAAGCUCAACUGUAAACCCAUACCCAAAGUGCUCAAACAGAUACAGGAACUGAAAGACCUGACUCGGCGAAACGAAUGCUUAGAUCUAAAAGGUGAGAAGCUGGACCACAAAUCAUGCGAGUCUCUGGAGGAGAUUUUGAAGAGGGUCCAGUUUAAAGUGAUAGACCUGGAGCAGACCAAUCUGGACGAAGAUGGUGCAUCAGCUCUGUUUGACAUGAUCGAGUAUUAUGAGUCAGCCACACAUCUCAAUAUCUCCUUCAACAAGCACAUUGGCACACGGGGAUGGCAGGCCGCAGCUCACAUGAUGAGAAAGAUGAGCUCUCUUCAGCAUCUCGAUGCCCGGAACACUCCUCUACUGGACCACUCAGCUCCCUUUGUAGCACGAGCGCUCAGGAUCAGUGGCAGCCUGGCAGUGCUCCACCUGGAGAAUGCUGGCCUGUCUGGCAGACCACUCAUGUUACUGGCUACGGCUCUGAAGAUGAAUAUGAACCUGCGGGAGCUAUAUCUGGCAGACAACAAGCUCAAUGGCCUGCAGGACUCAGCUCAGCUUGGCAACUUGCUCAAAUUCAACUGUAACAUCCAGAUCCUGGACCUGCGCAACAACCACAUCCUAGACUCUGGUCUGGCCUAUGUGUGUGAAGGACUAAAAGAGCAGAGGAAAGGCCUCAUCACUUUGGUGCUAUGGAACAAUCAGCUCACACACAACGGCAUGGGCUACCUCGCUGCUGCACUGCCUUGCACCCAGAGUCUGGAGACUCUGAACCUCGGCCAUAACUCGGUAGGUAACGAAGGGGUCCACAAGCUGAAGGAUGGACUAAUUUCCAACCGCUCUGUGCUCAGGCUGGGCCUUGCUUCUACCAAACUGUCCUGCGAAGGCGCUGUGGCUGUGGCUGAAUUCAUCGCUGAGAGCCCCAGACUGCUGCGUCUGGACCUUCGAGAAAAUGAGAUCAAGACAGGUGGACUGAUGGCCCUGUCUCUUGCUCUUAAAGUCAACACAUCUCUGCUGCGUCUCGACCUCGACAGGGAGCCCAAGAAAGAAACUGUGAAGAGCUUCAUUGAGACCCAGCGUGCUCUGCUGACUGAGAUCCAGAAUGGUUGCAAGAGGAACUUCAUCCUGGCUAAGGAGAAGGAGGAAACUGAGCAGAAGAUGAAGAAGUCAACCUCCAUGGCUGAAAUCGCCACAGAGGAUGGAACCGGGGAAGAAGAGGAGGAGGAAGAACCAGUAUCAGCAGAGAGAGGUGACAGAGAGGGGAAUGAAGCAGAAGAAGAGGAAGAGGCUGAAACAAUAGGAAAUGUAGGACAGACAAGCAGCCAGUCAGGAUCAAGCUCUGAGACAGACAUUUCUCAAAUGAACCUGGAGUCGGACUCAGAUACUGAGGAUGAGGAGGAAGAGGAGGUGGUAACAAAGUCCUCUUCCACAACAAACUCCUCCACUCACUCAAAUCCGAUUCCUCCUCAUACAGAGACAGGGGUUGCACAGCCCCCCCUCGGUGCCUCCUCUCCAUCCCCGUCCCUGUCUCUCUCUCCUGCCUCUCCUCACAUUCCUGGAAUCACUGUCACAGAACCCACAGCUUCUCCUGUCACUCCUCCAUCACCAGGUCGCUGUAUAUCUGUCUCAAGUCCAGGGAGGGGUCAUAAGAUCUUCAUGGUCACUCGGGUUGAUAGCCUUCCUGAGCAGCAGCAACUACACCACCAGAUAAAUGCACCCGGAGCUAUCAGCCAGACUAAAGAGGCCUCAGAGAAGCCUGUAGACACGAAUACACAGCCCACGUUACAGCAGACACAGCCAUCGCCUGCAUCUCAAACACCCUCACAAACACAGCUGACACAGGAGGACGUAAAGGAGAGCUCACCUGCUCCAUCAAUGGACUGUAAACUGGCAGAGCAGAGUCCUAUAGCACGCUCAGAGUCCAUGCAAAAUGCUACACAGACCCACACACUAGAGUUACAGUCUUCAAGUGAACCCAUAGAGAAUGUGACAGCUAACACUUUAAAAGUGGCAGAUCCAAGUCUACAAGCACCAGCUAUGUUUUCAGAUUCUUCCCCAGCACAGUUGUUUCAGCCCACUGAGGAGGUAACAGAGAGCACUACGAGCCCCCAGCCUGAGCCCACUUGUGUAGAAGAAGAGAAAGUUCAUUUAGAAGAUGACACACAAAUAAUGCCCCCGGGUAGCACAGAAGAAGAGUGUAAACAGUUAGACAAAGUGAGUCAGACCCAGAUGAGUGUCCCUGCAGUACAAACCCAGCAGCAGACAUUACCAUCUGCUCGUGAACAGCUACAGAAUGAACUAGCAUCUGUGUCAGAGAUGACGCAGUCACUGAACCAAAUAGAGAAGGAAGACAAAGAUGAGGUACUUUCACAGCAGGAGAAGCAAGAAGCACCAGCUAGCGUGUCAGAAACCGAAGAACCCAGUUCAACAGAGAAAGAGCACAGCCUGCCAAGCCAGGAGGAGCCAGGUCCAAAGCCUGUUGACUCUGCACAGACUGAUCAACAUGCACCGCCUCUCAGCGAGGGUGGAGCUCAGACGUCAAAUCCUCAUGCAGGAGAAACCUCAAAUAGUCCUGAUCCCACUGCAACUGGGCCUGAAGCUGCUGUCAAAGUGAAUCCAGACUCACCGGUUGAAGAGGAGGAAUCAGCCAACAAGAGCUCUGCAGAAGAGGGCAAGUGUUUUGAUGAAGCUCUUGAGGGCGAAGGAGUUGGUUCAGCUCUGCCUAAUGGUCUGAGGCCUGAGUUCUCCAUCCAUCUUCUUGAUGCUGAGAGCCCCAAGUCUGGCAGCUGUGUCAUGGAGCAUGUGAGUGUCGGCUGUGGGCAGGAGCUGGAGGAGCUGUUGCUAGAAGCCAGUUUGGACACAGGAAGAGAUGCACCAUGAGGUUCUGAGGGACUGCAAGGACACGAGAAGACGUGACUGGUUUCCCCACAGUGUUCUUGUUGUUUCUUUAACUUUACCACCAACAUGACCUUUACAUAAAGGACAGAAGACUUGCUGUUGCAGUCGAAGCUUGAUACACAGAAAUACAAGCAAAUUAUGGAAAAGACACAAAGACAAAAUCAAUAUCUCGAGCUUGGCUGUGACUGAUAUUAAUAUUCUACAUCCACACUACAUCGGCCACUGAAACACACAUGCAUAUGCCAUUGAGGAAGAGGGGGGUAAAAGAUAAAUCACUACAUUUUCACUACAUUUUACACACCUAGCAACCGCCUGAGUGAGAAAGAACAGGGACAACGGAGGGAGGAUAAAACAAUAACCAAAGACAGAACAUGGACCUUUCUCACAGCCUCUACUCGCUUCUCUUGUCUGGGAAGUAACUAGCAAAUAAAGUUCUUGUCCUAACACACACAUGCACAAAGGCAUAACGGUGAUCAUGAGAAAAGCAGGGCUGAUGGCACACUCAGAACGACUGUGACAGACUCUGCUGAGCAGACCUGCUGACUUGAACACAUGCUCUAGAAAUGUCAAAUGGUUUUAUAUCUAAGGAAGCUGAAGAUGUUAACGUGUGUUCAGAUGUCAAUGUUUUACAUGUGUGUCCCCCACCACCCACUAGUCUCCCUCCUUGUGGAGAGAAAACACUGUAAGGGACCGCUGCCAAAGUGACCUCCCUCUUGGUUUUUUCUUGUCCUCUGCUCACUUUGGCCCCUCAGGAAUCAACGUUCCCUCUCGGGUCAUUCUCCUCAGAUCUGAUGUGGAGGAGUUGCAGCUGUCUCCCACCGCCUGGCUCUGCUACAGCAGAGCUUUUUGAAAGUCACAAAGUUGCAAAACCCUCUGAACUUCUGCAAAUAUCAGAUAGUAAAGCUGUUGUUUGGUUA